AUGUAUUUAAUGACUAUGAAUUGCGCACCAACGGAUGAUAGAUCAACGACCCCUAUAUCGGAAGUUGGAUCUACUCCUGAGUCAAAUAGCAAUAGCACGGGAACUACAGUUAGUGAUGGACAGGAUGGAUCAAAUUCAACCUUGAGAGGUGGGACUACUUCUGAUUCCAGCCUCAGUUUAAUUAGUGAUAGCAAAGAUGGAUCAAUAUUUAGUUCAGGAGGUGGGUCUACCUCUAAUUCUACUAAGAAUACAACUCCUAGCUUAGUUAGUACUGGCAAAGAUGGAUCAAACUCUGCUUUAGGAGAAGUGUCUGCCUCUGCUCCUAAUGGAAGUACCACACACAGUAUGGUUAGUACUAGCAAAGAUGGAUCAAUCUUUAGUUCAGGAGGUGGAUCUACCUCUAAUUCUACUAAGAAUACAACUCCCAGCUUAGUUAGUACUGGCACAGAUGGAUCAAUCUCUAGUUCAGGAGGUGGGUCUACCUCUAAUUCUAUUAAGAAAACCACAUCCAGUUUAGGUAGUACUAACAAAGAUGGAUCAAUAUUUAGUUCAGGAGGUGGGUCUACCUCUAAUUCUACUAAGAAUACAACUCCUAGCUUAGUUAUUACUGGCAAAGAUGGAUCAAACUCUGCUUUAGGAGAAGUGUCUGCCUCUGCUCCUAAUGGAAGUACCACACCCAGUAUGGUUAGUACUAGCAAAGAUGGAUCAAUCUUUAGUUCAGGAGGUGGAUCUACCUCUAAUUCUACUAAGAAUACAACUCCCAGCUUAGUUAGCACUGGCACAGAUGGAUCAAUCUCUAGUUCAGGAGGUGGGUCUACCUCUAAUUCUUUUAAGAAAACCACAUCCAGUUUAGGUAGUACUAACAAAGAUGGAUCAAAGUCUAGAACAGAAAGUGGGUUUAUCUCUAAUUCUACUAAAAAUACCACACCCAGUUUAGUUAGUGAUAGCAAAGAUGGAUCAAACUCUACAUUAGAAGGAGUGUUUGCCUCUGCUUCUAAUGGAAGUACCACACCCAGUAUAGUUAGUACUAGCAAAGAUGGAUCAAUCUUUAGUUCAGGAGGUGGAUCUACCUCUAAUUCUACUAAGAAUACAACUCCCAGCUUAGUUAGUACUGGCACAGAUAGAUCAAUCUCUAGUUCAGGAGGUGGGUUUAUCUCUAAUUCUACUAAAAAUACAACACCCAGUUUAGUUAGUGAUAGCAAAGAUGAAUCAAACUCUGCUUUAGGAGGAGUGUCUGCCUCUGCUCCUAAUGGAAGUACCACACCCAGUAUAGUUAGUACUAGCAAAGAUGGAUCAAUCUCUAGUUCAGGAGGUGGGUCUACCUCUAAUUCUACUAAGAAAACCACAUCCAGUUUAGGUAGUACUAGCAAAGAUGGAUCAGUCUUUAGUUCAGGAGGUGGGUCUAUUUCUAAUUCUACUAAGAAUACAACUACUAGCUUAGUUAGUACUGGCAAAGAUGGAUCAAACUCUGCUUCAGGAGAAGUGUCUGCCUCUGCUUCUAAUGGAAGUACUACUCCCAGUAUGGUUAGUACUAGCAAAGAUGGAUCAAUCUUUAGUUCAGGAGGUGGAUCUAUCUCUAAUUCUACUAAGAAUACAACUCCCAGCUUAGUUAGUACUGGCACAGAUAGAUCAAUCUCUAGUUCAGGAGGUGGGUCUACCUCUAAUUCUUUUAAGAAAACCACAUCCAGUUUAGGUAGUACUAACAAAGAUGGAUCAAAGUCUAGAACAGAAAGUGGGUUUAUCUCUAAUUCUACUAAAAAUACCACACCCAGUUUAGUUAGUGAUAGCAAAGAUGGAUCAAACUCUACAUUAGAAGGAGUGUUUGCCUCUGCUUCUAAUGAAAGUACCACACCCAGUAUAGUUAGUACUAGCAAAGAUGGAUCAAUCUCUAGUUCAGGAGGUGGGUCUACCUCUAAUUCUACUAAGAAAACCACAUCCAGUUUAGGUAGUACUAGCAAAGAUGGAUCAGUCUUUAGUUCAGGAGGUGGGUCUACUUCUAAUUCUACUAAGAAUACAACUACUAGCUUAGUUAGUACUGGCAAAAAUGGAUCAAACUCUGCUUUAGGAGAAGUGUCUGCCUCUGCUUCUAAUGGAAGUACCACUCCUAGUAUUGUUAGUACUAGCAAAGAUGGAUCAAUCAUUAGUUCAGGAGGUGGAUCUACCUCUAAUUCUACUAAUAAAACCACAUCCAGUUUAGUUAGUAAUAGUAAAGAUCGAUCAAAUUCUACUUUAGGUGAAUUUUGGCAAGAAGAAAAAGACGACGAGGGAAUAGAUAAUGAUCGUCCUGGCGACUCAAACAAGGAAGCCUUCACUGCAGAGGUUAUUAAGGACGUCGGCAGAUCAGAUCGUGGAUCGACUGGUCACAUUGGAAAUCCGCGACUUGGAUUGCCUUACCCAGGAAGAAGAGUUCCAAAAAACGUUGGCGGAAAUCCACCAGAAGACAGAAAGCAGGAAGGUGACGGUUCCAGGACCCAAUCGAUGAGGAAUAAAGCUCACAGUUGUAGUCACCGACCCAGAGGAGACGGACAGGCUGGAGAAAUUAGGCUGCAUAAAGAUUGGUUUUUAUGUGUUGCCCAAUCAAAAGAAGAUCAUCAUUGUUUGGUGUCAUUAGGUACAGAUGACCUAGAGAUAUUCAUGGAUAUCCUGAUGGAUAAACCAAUUAAUAUCUUGAUGAAUAAACCAACGGACAUCCUGAUGUAUAAACCAAUUAAUAUUCUGAUAGAUAAACCAUUGGACAUCUUGAUGGAUAAACCAAUGGAUAUUCUGAUGGAUAAACCAAUGGAUGGCUUAGGGAUAUUGAUGAAUAUCCUGAUGGAUAAGCAAAUAAAUAUCCUGAUUGAUAAACCAAUGGAUGACCCAGGGAUAUCAAUGGAUAUCCUGAUGGAUAAACUUAUGGAUGACCCAGGGGAUUACAUAAUGAAUGGACCUAGUGGAUAA